GCCGCGAAAUUUGCUGGCUGGCUUUGCUCGUGGUUACACGCAGUCUGGAGCAUACUAAUUGUCUCCAAAGCGCACGGGUUCGUGUUACGUCGCCAGUACCUCGCGCAUUGCAGCGCACACGCGAAACAUGCUCACGGGGCUGCCCAAGCUGGCACUGCUGCUCACCCUGAGGCCAGCCGCAGCCGACAAGGCCGAAUCGAAGCCCGGCGCCUCCCUCGAGCCGGACACCACGCUGUCGGCGACGGCGGCUCCAACACCCUUCGGGGGCUGCUGCAAAUGGUCGAGCGCCAGCGACUGGUGCGAGGCCUGCGACGACCUCGCCACGACCAGCGACUGGUGCUCCUUCUCGCGCGCCAACUGCGAGAACUGCGGCGCGGCGGUCUGGUGCGGCAUCAAUGAUGUGGCCCCGCAUGCGCCCGUGCCGUCGCCGAAGCCGACGCCGGCGCCGGCCGACGCGCUGGGCUUCGUCGGCUGCUGCUUCUAUUCGACAACAACGGACACGUGCGGCUCCUGUGCGACGAUUAUUGAUGAGGCGAACGAGUGCUACUGGAGCCGCGGCAACUGCGAGGCCUGCGAGGGCGGGACCUGGUGCGGCGCCGCCGACGUCAUGCCCUGGGCGCCGACGCCGGCGCCCGCCGUGUCACUGGUGAGUAGUGGUAGUAGCGGCAGUAGCAGCGGCGGCGGGCCGGACGCCGCGGCCGCGGGCGCCGGCGCCGGCGCCGCGGCUUUGCUCAUCGCGGCGGCCGCCGUUUACUUCGCGAAGCGGCGGAAACCCACGAAGCCGCCACCAGAGACCCACGACAUCGAGACGCCCCAGCAGCGGCGGAACUGGAGCCAGGACCCGCCCUUUCGUCGAAGCGAGGACCAGAGCGGGAACCAGCGAAGCUUCAGCUGGGGCGCCAAUAACCAGGGGCUCGUCCAGUGGCACGGGCACGAUGCGUUCGUGUAUCAUGCGGACUAUGACGACGGAAGCGCUCUUAGAUCAGCGUCGGAGCCGCUCAAAGUUUUAAAACCGUCGGACGCCGUCUGCCGCGCGCUCCAGUCAUCGUUGACGCAUGGUGCGAGGCUCGACGCGUUCAGAACAGCAUGCAAUGCCCUGCGCGUGCCCUGGACGACCGGAAAAGUGGAAUUUACGGUAUCAAGGAAGCACGCGCUCUACGACGCAUUUAAUUCUCUCGGGUCGUUAAGUGACGAGCAGUGGCGCCAGCCGUUCUUCGUGAAAUUUCGGGGCGAAGCGGGAUUGGACGCGGGAGGCCUAUCACGCGAAUUUUUCCAGCUCGCCUCGUCCCAAUUGGUCGCGCCCGAUUUGGGGCUGUUCCGACCGGCGUCCGACGGGACGUAUGACCUAGUCGAAGAUAGAGAUGCCGCAACAGCACAUGACAAGAACCCGGCGCCCUGGUUUACCUUUGCUGGACAAUUAUUAGGUAAAGCUUUGUUGGAGGGGCACCACCUCUCGACCUUAUUUCAUCUCAAUCGACUUUUAUUGAAAUACGUCGCCACGGAGCCCAUCGAGCUCGAUGAUUUGGAAUUAACGGAUCCGGAAUUACAUCAAAACAUGAGCCAGCUCCACUCCAUGUCUCGGGAGACGGUCGCGGAUCUGAUGCUGACGUUUUCGGUGGACCACGUCGCGUUCGGCGAGACGACGACGCGGGAUUUGGUGGAGAAUGGGAGGGACGUGUCCGUGACGGGCGACAACGUGGACGACUUCCUGGCGGCGCGGCUGCGGGACCGCGUCUUCGACGGAAGGCGGGGUAGCUUGGACGCGUUCUUGCGGGGCGUGUACAGUGUGGUGCCGCGCAUCGUUAUAAUGCUGCUGUCGGCGCGCGAGUUGGAAUUGGUGUUGUUUGGUGCGCCGGACAUCGACGUAAACGAGUGGCGCCGGUCCACGGUGUAUAGAGGCGCUCUGGAAGAGUCGAGUCAUGUGGUGAAGAUGUUCUGGGCCGAAGUGGAGGGAUGGCCCGUCGCGAAGCGCGCUCGAUUAUUACAGUGGUGCACGGGGUCGACGCGCGUGCCCGUCGGCGGCUUCGACCAAUUGCAGGGCCGCGACGGCGCGGUCAAGCGCUUCACGCUCACGUCCGUGAGCCUGGACCGGGCCGUGUAUCCUCGGGCGCACACGUGCUUCAACCGCAUCGACCUGCCGCUGUUUACGGACCGGACGGCCCUUUCCGAGGCGUUCGACGUCGCGCUGCGGACGGACGAGUACACGAUGGACUAAGUGUGUGGAUAGUA